GUAUAGCUGUGCAGGUGAGAGCUUCCACUUAUUACGUUACUACAGUGCAGGCAGGAAGCAAAAGGGGGGAGGUAACAGACAGCGACAGAGAAAGGCAACGCCAGAGAGAGAGCAGGCUCAUUCACUUCGACCACAACUGCCAGAAAAAAACCAGUGCACUGCAGGAUUUUGAUAUGACUUCCUUGCAGGCUGGACAAAGAGCUCUCUCCCUUUCUGCCAAUGCGAUAAUGGCCCCAACGGCUUUUAUAAAAGACACAGGCUGCACUGGUAUACUGCGCCUCCUCUUGUUAGGAAUACUUCUGCCAUCAGUAUUAGUGUCCUCUACUACUACCCCCACUUCUUCCACUGAUGCCCCCACAACAACCGCCGCAGCCACUACCACAGGCUCAGCAACCACCAUCGCUGGAAGCACAGCAGCCAGCACCACCCAGCCCAUAACCACCAUCGCUGGAAGCACAGCAGCCAGCACCACCCAGCCCAUAACCACCAUCGCUGGAAGCACAGCAGCCAGCACCACCUCACAGUCUCCAGCUUCAACCACCUCCGGAGCCACAACCAACCCUACAAUGGCUGCAUCAUCCACUGCGGCCGCAACAACCACCACCACAGCAGCCUCGACCACCCAGUCCACCACAGGUACAGCAAUGACCACCAUUACCCAGUCACUGACAACCACAACAACCUCUGGAGGCUCAGCAUCCACCACCAUCACCCAGUCCCCCACAAUCACCUCCAGAGGCUCAGCAUUUACCACUGCCACUCAGAAUCCUACAACCACCUCUGGAGGCUCAGAAUCCACCGCCCAAUCUCCCACAGCCACCUCCAGAGGCUCACUAUCCACCACCCGGUCCCCCACAACCACUACCACCUCCGGAGGAACAGCAAUCACCACCGCCACUCAUUCCUCCACAGCCACCUCCAGAGGCUCACUAUCCACCACCCAGUCCCCCACAACCACUACCACCUCCGGAGGAACAGCAAUCACCACCGCCACUCAUUCCUCCACAGCCACCUCCAGAGGCUCACUAUCCACCACCCAGUCCCCCACAACCACUACCACCUCCGGAGGAACAGCAAUCACCACCACCACUCAUUCCUCCACAGCCACCUCCGGAGGGUCGCUAUCUGGCACCAAGUCCCCCACAACCACAGCAAUCAUCACCAACACCCAGUAUAGAACCACUGCAUCUUCAACACCUAUCACCUCUAAUUCAAUCAGUACUACUAAUUUAGGAACCACUUCUACCUCUACAGUUGGUAUAGGAGCCAUGAUCAAGUCCAGCACCACCAUGACAGCCACAGGUGGUGGGAAUGGAACCACAAAUUCUCCUUCAAUGAGCAUGAUAUGUCCCUCAUUCACCUGUAACUACUCAGACUGCUACACAAUGUACAUCAGUCAGAAUGCCACUUCAUGUGCUGACUACUGCCAGCUGUUAAGACAGAUGGACAUGUACUACACUGUUAGCUGCAGCGCCUCCUGUGCUGAUAGCUGUGGCAACACCACUCAGAACAAUUGCUCUAUAAAGUGCUGCAAUUCUACUGGCUGCCUCAAUGGCAGUUUUGCAUCCAUGAUGAUGACAACAUCAGCAGUCCCAGUAACAACAACAACAACAACAACAACAACAACAACCAAACCAGUGACUACAAUGGCUGCCACCAAUCCACAAACAACAGCAAACAAUGGAAAAAAAUGCCAUAAUGGUACAUGUACUGGUUCAAAUUGCUACACAGAUUUUGGAGCGUCCCAAAUAUGCUCCUCCUCACAGCUACACUGUCAGCUGAGAAAGGAGACCGUAAAUUCCGUCGAGCAGUGGCAAGCAGGUUGCACCACCAACUGUUCUAGCCAAACCCCAUGCAAGGACUCAACACAACCUCCGUGUAAUUUAGAGUGCUGCAACGCCACUAUGACCUCCUGCCUAUGGUUGAAUGGCACAUUGAAUGUCCCCUCUUUCGCCACAAGAGGUCCUCAUCUUAACACAGAAUUGAUUGCUUCCUUAGUUGGCCUGCUGGCUAUCACCUUGCUGCUGUGAGUGACUGAAUACCAGCUUGCUCAUCUGCUGUGUGGGUCAUUAGGUAACCAGAGCUUUGUGUAACUCUGAUUCCCUCCAGGAAAAAAAAAAGCUUAGCCAUGCAGAGAUUAACACUCAUUUACACCGAUUUAUCUCUCUGAUAUUCACAUGUGGUUGUACUGUAUAUGUGUAUGGAAUUAUGUAAAGCCUCAGUUAUAAUGUUGAUUUUGUUUCUUGUUUUAUUGAAACUUCCCAAUCAUGUUUUAUUUCUGGUUCAAGACCAAUGAAAAAUGGCUUUGAACAGUAUUUUUUAAAAGAAAAUGUCAAAACAUGCCAGAAGCAACUCAAUCUUCACAUCAUUUCACAUUUAGCAAAUCACCUUUAUAAUUAUAUAUAAUUAUAAUUCACAAAAUGAUAUAUAAUAAAAUUAACUUGAAGUUAAGUUUUAAGAUAUAAUUUGAAUCGCUGUACACCUCAUAAUUUGUUUAGCCAUGACCUUGCCCAUAACUGUAAUUGAAUUCAGGUACUGCCUUCUUAAUGAAAGCCAGAAACAGUUUUUGUUUGUGCCUUCCCACUUUAAACUUAUGGUAGGCUAAUAUUAAUUUUGGAAUGGGUGAGUGAGCCUAAACACAACAUUGUUGUUAACAUAGUUAUGUUUUAAUUACCAAAAGCUCUCCUUAUAGAUUUAUCAUCUUCUCAAGCCAUUGUGAGAGUGACACAGCUAUGACUCUAUAUGCACUUUAUGAAACACAAAUGUUGAACUGUUACAGGGUGUUGUGAAGGUUUGCUAAAGCAUUUCUAUAGAUGUACUCAUAAUGUGCAAUUUAGUACUUUUGACUACUAAUAUUUUAGUGAAUCGUGAUUUGGAUGUCUAUGUGUGGUUUACAAAGUAUAUUUUAAGGUGGUGUCAUGUAAAUGCUAAAUGAUCAGAAUUUUUUCAAGUUUUGUGUACUGUAUAAAAUAUUAUGAUUUUUGCCUAAAAGAGAUAAAUCUAAUAAACUACAUCUAAUGAA